ACCAGCUGAUGCUGAGGCUGUACUGAGCGCGGAGCGAUGGGCAGAACUGUUGAUGUCGCGUGGACGAUGUAGACCCUUAUUCCCCCUGUAUUCCCGCGGACCUGCUUAACCCCCCCCAAACUGAGGAUCCCGGUUCCACGAUGGGGAUGACUUCUGAGCACCCUAGCGAGCGAGUACGGAGGCCCGAGCAGGACAAAAGGGUAUGAGUGUAGAGAUCGGUUGGAAGUGGCAGCAGCGGCAGCAGCAGCAGGCUCCGUUGGACCCCAGCGAGAGCGGCGAAGUGAGUCAGAGCUAAUAAAAGCAAGGAGGUGGCAGACACACAGCGAAGGACGGCGAGGAAAAACCGACGCGAGAACCGCAAGGAACAAACGCCAGAGCUUCGAGAAGAGCUGGAGCAGAACAAGAGCAGAGGAGGAGCUGGGGGACAGGAGCAUGGUGGAGGUGGCGAUGGGACGGGCUGAGGCUGCGACGGCUGUACCUCCUCUCCUGGACGCCGGCCUGCGGAGUGGGCGGGUGUGUUGACCAAUCAGGGGACGUUGUCGUGUGCGCUGCCCAGACGGAGCCGCUCAUUACCCCUGCUGGACGAGACACCCCCCCCCCCUGUGAUGUGAUGAAUAAGUUUGAGGUCCUUGGCAUCGUCGGGGAAGGGGCGUAUGGAGUGGUGCUUAAGUGCCGGCAUAAGGAAACCAAUGAACUGGUGGCCAUCAAGAAGUUCAAGGACAGCGAAGAGAAUGAGGAGGUCAAGGAGACCACCCUCCGGGAGCUCAAGAUGCUGCGCACCCUGAAGCAGGACAACAUCGUGGAGCUGAAAGAGGCCUUCCGCCGUCGCGGGAAACUCUACCUCGUCUUCGAAUAUGUGGAGAGGAACAUGCUAGAACUCCUAGAGGAGCUUCCCAAUGGGGCGCCCCCUGAUAAGGUCCGCAGCUAUAUCUACCAGCUCAUCAAGGCCAUCCACUGGUGUCACAAGAACGAGAUUGUCCACAGAGAUAUCAAGCCUGAAAACCUGCUCAUCAGCUCUGAGGAUGUCCUCAAACUCUGUGAUUUCGGCUUUGCUCGUAACCUGUCAGAAGGGACAGACGCCAACUACACUGAGUAUGUUGCAACAAGGUGGUACCGUUCUCCUGAACUGCUGCUCGGCGCUCCAUAUGGGAAGGCGGUGGACAUGUGGUCGGUGGGGUGCAUUCUGGGGGAGCUGAGCGACGGCCAGCCCCUGUUCCCUGGGGAGAGUGAGAUAGACCAGCUCUUCACCAUCCAGAAGGUUCUUGGGCCACUCCCCGCUGAGCAGAUGAAACUCUUCUACAACAACCCACGCUUCCAUGGAAUCAGGUUCCCCUCGGUGUCUCACCCCCAGACGUUGGAGAGAAGGUACCUGGCCAUCCUGAGUGGCCUCAUGUUGGACCUGAUGAAGAACUUGUUGCUGCUGACUCCGCCUGAGCGCUACCUGACGGAGCAGAGUCUGAACCACCCGGCCUUCCAGCCCCUCAGGCCGACGGAGAGACCUCCGCCCACCUCCCCGGUCCCGCCUCGCUCCUCAAAGAGGAAGACGCACCACCACGGGGAGAACACUGUCCCCACCAGGAAUCACGCUAAGAGCACCAGCCACCGGCACUCCAACAGUAAAGAAUGUUCCAGCCUCCCGCGCCACGGUGACCUGCACCACCUCAGCAACAGCAGCUUCCUGAACGGCAACAAGCCCCCCCCCUCCAGCCUCAGCCCCACCCUCCACCCCAAGAGCCAGUACAUGUCCCAGACGCUGAACCGCUCGCCGGCCAGGAGCAAAGACCUGGCCAACAACAACCUGCCCCACCUCCUCAGCCCCAAGGAGCUCAAGGGGAAGAUCGAGUUCGACUUCAACCUGGGCCCCUCUUCCAAGCUGCCCGAGCAGGGGCCCCCCGGGGCCAAGUACGGCCACGGGAAGUCCAGCUCCUCCCGGACCCAGCAGCCGCCGCCGCAGCCACAGCAGCCCCCGCCGCAGCUGCCCCAGCAGCCCCCCAACCGCAACCCCUUCCUGGAGGGCAAGACCAACACGCUGCAGAGCUCCGGAGCCGACAAGCAGCACGGCCGCGUCCCCCACAACAUGGCCGACUCGGCCCACGGAUCCAUGUCUUCCUCGUCCAAGAGCUCCGCGUCCUAUCUCAGCCUGUCCAAGAGCCACAGCGCCCUGAGCGACGCCAAGUCGGUGGGGAACCUCAGCGAGGGCCGGCUCCACCCGGACGACACGGGCUCCAACGCCGCCGCCGCCGCCGCCGCCGCCGUCGGGGUGGGCGUGGCCGUGCCGGGCGCCCGCUACUUCCCCUCCAGCUGCCUGGACCUGAACGCCCCCGCCGUGGGACCCCCGGCCCAGGGAACCCUGCCGGGGAGCCCCUCGGCACGGCACAGCGACCGGUCGGGACACAGCCCCGCGUCGCGCAGCGGGGGCAACGGGCGCAUGGAGAGCAGCACGCUGGACUCCUCGUCCAGACACAAGUCCAGACACAAAGCCAUGGCUCCAGAGGAGGCCAUAACCCCGGAGCUGCUGGACCCAGGAGGAGGAGGAGGAGGAGGAGGAGGAGGAGGAGGAGGAGCAGGAGGAGCAGGAGGAGCAGGAGGAGGCGGCGUGGCGGGGAUGCCCCCCAACCACACCCUGCCGUCCCCCCACGAGUCCUACCACUACGGGCUGGGCUACACCUCGCCCUUCUCCUCCCAGCAGCGCCCCCACCGCCACUCCAUGUACGUGCGGCGGGAACGCCAGCGGCCCCACGCGGCCGAGCCCACCAUGGGCACGCUGCCCCCCCCGGGCCAGGGCCUGGCCACCCGGGCCAGCAGCCUGCAGCUGCUGUCCCCCCAGCUGCACCACCGCACCGCGCUGGCCGGGCACUCCGUCAGCUCCUCCCGGGAGGACUGCAACGACGACACCAUGACCCGGACUCAGCAGUCCCCUAAAGACAUGAGCCGCACUUGUGCGCCUCUCAAAGAUUCGGCGAGGGACAACGCAGUCACUGCUUUUCAUGUUCAGCGACCAAUAAACGAGGGGGGGAUGUAUCAUGACUACCACGGAGAUGACGGGGGUUCCUCCAAGGAGAACCGUAUGAUCUUCAGUGAGUCCAUGCCGCGCAGAGUCGGCAGCUUCUACAGAGUGCCCUCCCCCAGACCGGAUAACUCCUCCUCCUUCCACGAUGCCGUUGCCCAGGGCCGGGGUCCGGUCGUACCAGUUGUACCUGGGGACCCGGUUGCCAUGGUGAACCACUCUAAACGCCAGACUGCUUUUGACUGGUCUACGGCUGAAGCCAUGGUCAUGAAUCCUCCAGAGCCCGUCAAGGAGAAGGAGAAACAGGGCUUCUUCAGGGCCAUGAAGAAGAAAAAGAAGAAGACACAAAUGACGGACAUGGAAGAAGGGAGGAACCCCAGCAUCAGGAAGAGCCUGUUCCCCCUCUUUAGCUCUAAGAAUAGCCUAAAGCACAGCGCGGCGGCCAAAGCGCUGCCCGUAGUGGCGUCGCCCAUGGUACAACACCAGCCCAACGCAGCUUACCCCGCCUCUCCAGUCAGCGGUAACGGCCAGGAACACCUCUCCCUCCAGAGGGGCAGCAAGUCCUCGUCCCACCACAGCGGCCGCAGGAAAACCCGCGAGCGCUCCAGAGACCGCGACCGUGAACAGAGUCGAGACCGCGACCGGGAGAGGGAGAGGGAGCGGGAGAGAGAGAGGGACAGCAGGGGGAGAGAGAGGGAGAGGGUCGGGGAGUGGCCAACAGAGAAGCCCGUGGACUCCCACUCCCAGAGCCAACCGCUGAGGUCCCUCCGCCGGCUGCUCCACCUCUCCCCCUCCUCCACCCAGCCCCAGGUGCCUCCACCGCCUCCCCCAGACCUGCGCUUCCAGCAGACCCUCCCCAACCUCCCUGCCUCCUCCAAAGGGGGGUACCCCUCCGACGGCAGGGGCCACACAGACGGCAGAGGCCACCAGGACAGCAGGGGCCUUCAAGAUAACCGGGGCCACACGGAACCCAGGGGCCACACGGAACCCAGGGGCCACACCGACCUUAGGGGUCACACAGACCUUCGGGGCCACACAGAUCCCAGAGGCCACCCGGACCCCCGGGGAAACCCUGACCCUAGGAGCCACCCUGAUCCUAGGGGCCACCCUGACAACAGGGGCCACAAAGACCCUCGAGGCCUUCAAGAUAACAGAGCCCACACUGAGCCUAGGGGCCACUCGGACCCUAGGAGCCAUUCGGACUCCCGGGUCCUCCAAGAUAACAGGGGCCACCAAGAUAACCGGGGUCUUCAAGAUAACAGGGGCCACCAAGAUAACAGGGGCCACACUGAGCCUAGGGCCCACACAGACAACAGAGCCCACACAGACCUCAGGGCCCACACAGAUAACAGAUCCAACACUGAGCCUAGGGGUCACUCCGACCCCAGGGCCCACUCUGACCCCAGGGCCCACACCGAUCCCAGGACCCACACCGACCCGCGGUCCCACACAGACCCGAGGGCCCACACGGACCCCCGAUCCCACACGGACCCCAGAUCCCACGCCGACAACAGGGGCCACACAGACAGCAGGGGCCACCCAGAGAGUAGGGGCCAUCCAGAGAGUAGGGGCCACUCUGGAGUCAGUAACUCUUCCCAGGCCAAGAGCCGCAAGCCCAGCUACCCCAUGCCGGGGCAGAUCGAGUCCAGCUGGCACGCGUCGGCCCUGCAACGGGCCGAGGGGGCGCAGUACACGCCGGAGCAGCUGGGCAUCAAACCCGGACAGAACGGACCCACGUUUACGCGCGCCUCCCGUCCCAGGAUGCCAAACCUCAACGACCUGAAAGAGACGGCACUGUGAAACGGCCGGACAUCCGCACACUUCGCUCCCUCUCUCCCGAUAUUUGAGUGUCUGUAGACGGCAGAGGCCUAGCUCGCUACGGCUAGCGUUUACAUCGCAGUGAACCUUGAGAUCCCUCAAGUCAACCGCUCAGAGAAGACAAAUAUCUCCAAAUAUUGUAUCUCCACACUUCAUUGUUUGAUGAGGGAGUAGUCCAGCGGGACUCUUAAGGUAAGGUAUGAAUGACAGUACAGUUUAUUCACCUCAGUGUUGCAGCAGUUUGUAUGUACUUAACUCUCUACAGAUAUUUAAUGGUGUUACAUCAGAGGACAAGGACAAGAUGGCGUGGAAUCUGCCCGUCUUCAGUCGCAGAGACACUGCCCAUUCUGGACUCUAUGCUGCCGUCUGCUGGUUCAUAACAGCUACUGCAGCGCAUCAGAGCUAAUGGUCUGAAGUGACCCAGAAAGUUGUGUGCGUGUGUGCGUGUGACUGUGUGCGAGCGUGCGUGUGUAUAUGUUUUUCAAAGUCAAAUAUUUGCUAAUAAGAAAGAAAAAUAUAUAUAUAUCAACAUAAUUUAUGAAAUAUUUAUUUGUUUUCAACUUAAGGAUAUAAGCUAUAAAUGACACAGUAUGUAGGCUACAUGGAAAAAAAUUAAAAGGUAUUAUAGAGUUAUUGUGUAAUUGCAAGAGCUAUAGACACAAAAAGAUAUGCAUAGAUAUUCAUGUGUUUAUAAUUCAAUAUGUCACAAGAGAAAUAUAAUGGUGAAUGGCUUUUUUUGAUUACCACAAUUUAAUAUUAUUAUAACAGUAUCAAUGUUAUUUUUCAGUUGGUUAAUAUGUACAAAAAUAUCAAGAACAUUUUUCUAAGUGGAUGAGAUUUGUUCCCUGUGAGAAUCACUCCCCUCUUUCUAAGGUACUGUAAUAUUCCUUUUAUUAUAACAGUGAAGAUACUGUAAUAGUCCUUUAUUAUUACAGUGAAUCAGACUUUUUUGUUAUGCUAUCAUUGUCACAUGUUUACACUUUAUGGCUUCGCUACCUAUCUUUUGCCUUCAAAAUACUUUUUUUUUUAAUUCCAUUCAUCUUUCGGUCUAUCGAGGGUCUAUCGGGAUGUGUUGCGCAUGAACAGGGGCAUUAUAAUGGAAAUACUCAUAAAAGUGACCCCUCAAACAUACACAGGUGCACAUGCACGGUAACACACACACACACAAACACAGCUAUAUGUGUUUGUUCCUUCUGCAACAAUCCACCAUCUAUAUCAAGCAUUCAAGGGGGUUAUUUCUGUAUAAAAUGGAAAUGGUAAAGUUCAGGUAUAAGCUCAACGAAGGCAGGACUUUUGAGUCAGGGAUGGUCAUGGUCGAGUAAGGACGGUUCGAACCGAGAUGGUUAGAGAUGGGAUGGUCGAGUUCAGGUACAGUAUGUGUGGUUAGGACAGUGUGGGUGAGAGGUGAGACGGUAAAGUUCAGGUUUUGGAUCUUUAACAGUUUGGUUGGUAUGUGUAUUUGGUUAGAGAUGGUUAUGUAUUAGUUGAAGGAUGGUUAGAGAUCUAAGCAUUGGGUUGAACAUUACAAAAGUUCAGUGGCAGAUUGUUAUGAUGAGCUGUGGUUAAGUUCAAGCCUAGGUAUUGGGUAAAGAUGGUUAUGUUGAACGGUGAUUAAGAUCGGGUUAAGGGUCUGGAGGAGAGUGAUGUAUCAUGAGAAUAAAUACCAGAAAGGUAUGCAUAUCCUAUUUCAGCUGCUAGCAUACAAGCUAUCCACAGUGUGAAGGACACAAAGUGUUACAACAUUCAAAUGUAUUAGUUGAACUGAUUAAUUCUAAAGGUUAUGCGUUGAAACACCCAAGCUGUUACAGUUUGCACCUAUCCCAGUGGUUUACUACAUCAUCUUAACUUUCACAUUGGCUGAGAAACUCAUCAAAUGUGUUUUCUGGAAAGAUGGAAUCACACAAUUAUCCACAUAAAAAUAAAUACAAAUAAAAGCCUAAAUGACAGGAACGGUCUGGCAGAUGUAAGCAAUUGCUAUAGAGAACUUUAGUCUUUGUGAUGAGACAUUUUGUGAAUUUGUUGUAUGGUAAUGCACUGUUAUGUUGUCCACACUAUACUGGCCGAAGCACAUGGAUCCUAAGGGACCUAAGUGCUACAUUGCUGUUUACAGUGAAGCAGGCGUGCAAACGAUCAAACGCACACCGCUAUUGGUCAGAAUCGGUAAAACCAGGUGGGGCGUUUUGGUGAUUUGAUCACCUACAACGGUACGGUCCUUUAAAAAUAAUUCUUUGUUUAUUUCUUGCGUUAUUGCCUCUGUUCUCUGGUUUGAAUUCAACACAGUGACAGUAUGCCCUUCAACAGGGAGCCAAAAUGAAGACCAGUAAUAUUGUGACAGGGAGGAAAGAGCAACAGAUCCUGCGUUAGCAGAUGUCUCCUGAAGUUAUACAAACAUUAGUAUUAUUAUUGUCAAUAAUAUAAUCCUGCAAAACAAAGAUAACUACGUGUGGGAAACUGAAAGCAAUAACCUUCCUACUAACGAUGCUGGUUCUGUUUUAACGCCGACGUUGAAGUAAAUGUUUUGGGCUGCGACUACCAAGUUGUUAACGAAGUUGUUUGAUUAUCUCCACAUAUCGUCUAACUCACUAUAACACUACACACACACACAGGCUAAUGGAAACUAAUAAUGUGACAUUGAGGGUGAAGGGCCGCAAUCAGCAGAGCGCGUGAUCAAUGAGGUUCAAGACGGGAACGAGAUGAAAUAAGCCAGAGUUCAGCUAAAUUUUAACAAGAUAGAAGAUAGAAGGGGCUCAGCUUCGUACGCAAGAGGUGAAUGUGUUUUAAAAAGCAUACAUUUGUUAUUAUAAUUUUUUUUUUCAUUGAAACUGUUCCCCACUUUUUACAGGAUGUACAUAAAGUGUAUCUUAUCCAACCGCCCUACCGUCAAUAAUAAGAGUAUCAAAAUAAAAGCCCACUGUACAUUUUUAAA